GCUGCGGGCGGCCUAUCGGCGCACAAUCUGCGGAAAAAUUACUGGGCAGCCAAAUCCAUCCGGUGAAAGAAUACCUACGCCUUGAGAGCACGCCCCGCAAUAGCUCGCAAAGAACGUCCCGAAGCUGAUAUCUGCUAUUCCCCGCUGAGAAGGAUACAAUCACAUCAUAAGGACAGUAAAAUUGGCGGUCGCAACGGAACCGUAGUACCGUCAGAAUGAGGCCCAUCUUGUUGGCGGGCCACGAACGUGCCCUGACCCAGAUCAGAUACAAUGCCGACGGCGACCUCAUCUUCUCAGUCUCGAAAGAUCAAAUAAUCUGCGUCUGGUACUCCCACAAUGGCGAGCGACUCGGGACGUAUCGCGGACACCAAGGUGCCAUCUGGACCAUCGAUGUCGACCCCACCUCGACCAUUCUCGCCUCGGGUUCUGCCGACAACACGAUCCGGCUCUGGGAUGUCAAGACGGGCAAGUGCCUCAAGACAUGGGACUUCCCUACGGCUGUCAAGCGCGUCGAGUUCAAUGAGGACGGUACCAAACUGCUGGGCGUAACAGAGAAGCGCAUGGGACACCUGGGCACUAUCGUUGUGUUGGACAUCAAGGUCGACGUGGAGGCGGAGCAGACAGACGAGAAGGCUUUGACUAUCGUAUGCGACGAGAGCAAGGCCACGGUUGCCGGCUGGAGUUACCUGAGCAAGUACAUCAUCGCCGGCCAUGAGGACGGCUCCAUCUCCCAAUACGACGGCAAGACGGGCGAUCUGAUUUACAACUUCCCAAUCCACGAGCUCAACCAGCCGAUCACAGACCUCCAGUGGUCCCAUGACAGGACGUACUUCAUUACCGCAUCAAAAGACAAGACCGCCAAGCUUAUCGCCGCCAAGGAUCUUGAAGUCCUCAAGACCUACACCGCCGACACGCCACUUAACAGCGCCACCAUCACUCCGAAGAAGGACUUUGUCAUACUAGGUGGUGGCCAAGCCGCCAUGGAAGUUACGACCACGGCCGCCAGGCAGGGCAAGUUCGAGGCCCGCUUCUACCACAAGAUUUUUGAGGACGAGAUUGGGCGUGUGCGCGGCCACUUCGGCCCGCUCAACACCGUCGCCGCCGACCCGACCGGCAAGGGAUACGCUAGCGGCGGAGAGGACGGCUACGUACGAGUGCACCAUUUCGACAAGGGGUACUUCGACUUCAUGUACGAGGUUGAGAGGGAGAGGCAGAAUAAGCUAGCGGCAGGGAAUGCUUGAGAAGAGCUCUAGAACGGUUUGAGGGUGAUGGUUCGGCAUUUACAAUGGCGUUCAGGGACACAAACUUGGGCCGGUAGGGUCGAAGUGGAGGGGUGGGAGGAAGAAGAAGAACGCCCUCUCACUUGGGAAGGGAAAAAAAAAUUUCUUCGGUUCUUCGCCCAAAGAGUAUAGUUUGCUCGUGUAGCUCGGUCCCGCGCGUUCCCCGGGGGGAUGCAGAUACCCUACACUGGCCCGUCUUUCAGCUAUUCUUCGCCU